UCCUCUUUUAUCUCCAUGUAAUCAUGGCUGUUCUGAGGAUUCUGAUUCAGGUAAUAUUUCAGAUCAACAAGUGCUGCCUCCAUUUAGAAAGUUAUUAUUUUCUCAUGCCAAUUUUAUUCAUUUUCAUUAAUACAUUUCAUUUGUUCCAGAACAAUUGUUGUGACAAAAAGUGUUGAUAAUUAUCAGAAUAGAUUGAAAUUAACUUUUUCAUAGUAGAGACUUUCAAAUCGAUUCAUUUGUUGUCCUGUCAACACCAAUUCCACCAGUUUUAAUUAACUUAUCUCAGCGAAAAUCAUAAAACACUAAUCAAUCCGAUGAUGUCUGAUGAACCUGCGAACAUUGGCCCAAUCGAAGCUCCUUCAUCGCCUCCAGCUAAAAAGUGUGGGGUCUCAGGCGACAGUGUUACAUCAACUGAUACACUUCCUCUUCCUUUAUUUGAAAAAGAUGUAAAGUCACGACAAUUGAUCAAAGACGCUUUACUCAAUAACAGUUUUUUACAAAAUUCGCUGGAUGGUUUUCAAUUGAGCCUCAUUGUCGAUGCGAUGUACGAGAAAAACUAUGAUGAGCUCGAUUUACUUUGCGAACAAGGAGCUUUUGGUACACAUCUUUUCGUCACUGCGAGUGGUACUUUUCAGGUUAUCACGAAUGGUCAACCAGUCAAAACACUAGGAUCUGGCAAAGUUAUCGGUGAAUUGUCCAUACUUUAUAACUGCGUUCGAACAGCUUCUGUGCAAGCGCUCACCAAAGUUCGUGUUUGGGUAUUGGAUCGGAAGAUUUUCCAAGCGAUCAUGAUCAAUACGAGUAACAAUAAGCGUCAAAGGUACAGAGCGUUUUUGAAAAGUGUCCCCUUAUUACAGAAUUUGGAUGAGGAAUUUGUCUCAAGGAUCGUGGAUGUCAUUGAGCUGAGAGAAUUUCCUGAAGGAAAUUAUAUAUGUCGUCAGGGUUACCAUGGUGAUUCGUUUUACAUCAUUGCGAAUGGCUCCGUUCGGGUAACUCAGGAGAUUCUGAUGAAUAAUAAUCUCGAUUCGAAGGAGGAAAGGAUCUUAAGAACACUUAAGAAGGGUGACUAUUUUGGUGAACAGGCUCUUCUCUCAGGAGGAAAUCUACGAACUGCUAAUGUCAUUUCAGAAGAAUGUGAAUGUUUGGUUCUCGACCGUAAUAGUUUCUUUUCACUUGUUGGCGAUCUGAAUGAACUCAGAGACAAACGAUAUAAUACAAAUGAUGAUUUAUCAUCAUCACUGAGAGAAUCGUCAUUAUCGUCACCAGAUCCUUCAACAUCAUCUUCAUUCAUUGAAGAUGAUGAUAAAAUCGGUUCAUUAGGUACAAUUCAAUUGGAUCAUCUUGUAAUUAUAUCUACUCUUGGUAUUGGUGGUUUUGGUAAAGUUGAUUUAGUGAGAUUAUCAGCUGAUCCAGCAAAGGUAUUCGCCCUUAAAUCUUGCUCGAAAGCUUUUAUUAAAUCGACGCAACAACAAGAUCACAUCAUUAAUGAAAAAGUAGUUCAGCAAAUUGCUUCUCAACAUCAAUUUGUGGUUAAAUUAUAUCGAACUUUCAAAGAUGAACAUUUUUUAUAUUUUCUCAUGGAAGCAGCACUCGGAGGUGAACUUUGGACACUUCUUAAGAAAACGGGUCGUUUCAGCGAAAUAACUUCACGAUUUUACUUGGGAUGUGUUAUUGAGGCUCUUCAAUUCCUUCAUUCUCAGAAGAUAAUCUAUCGUGACUUGAAACCAGAAAACUGUUUGUUAGAUUCAACUGGUUACUUGAAAAUAACAGAUUUCGGUUUUUCGAAGAUAUUGACUCCUGGUAUAAAAACUUGGACAUUCUGUGGGACACCAGAAUAUGCAGCUCCUGAGAUUAUAUUGAAUCGAGGUCAUGAUAAAUCAGUUGAUUUCUGGACAAUUGGAAUCCUUUUGUAUGAACUUAUAACAGGAGUACCUCCAUUCCAAUCAUCUGAUCCAUUGAAAACUUAUAACAUUAUCCUGAGAGGAUUCGAUGAUUUCUAUUUCGAUAAAAAGUUAUUCUCUACUAAUUGUAUCAACUUAAUCCGCCGAUUGUGUCGAGAAAGUCCUUGUGAAAGAAUUGGUGUUCAAAAGAAUGGAAUUGCUGAUCUCAAGAAACAUAAAUUUUUCGCUGGAUUUGAUUGGGAUGCUCUGGUUAAUCGAGCAAUUAAACCUCCCAUUGUACCAAUUCUGUCUGGUCCGACGGAUACACGAUACUUUGACUUGAAUCCAAUUGAUCUUUCAAUGAGAGUCCAAUUCGAUGAGGAUGUUCAACAAUCAAUGAAAAACUCCAAAGAUGAGUCAUUGGAAGAUUGGGAGAUUGCUUUUUGAAUCAAUUCUAUUCCUUAAAUCAAUUUCCAUGAUUAACCAACAGAAUAAUAAUUGAUUGUCCUUUUAUCUCAACGGUGUUACCUUAUAACGAAUAAACAAUAAUGUUAAUUUGAACCAAUAAGAAACAAGCAUUUGUUAUUGAAUUAGAUUAAAGCUGUAAUUCUAACAAGUUGACACAAUUUGUUGCCAGACAAUCAAUGAAACUAUGCAUGCAUAUCAUGGUAAUUACGAGUAACUGAAACUAAGAAUCAACAAAAAAAAUGAAGUUACCUGAAUGAUCACUAAAGUUAUCAAUUAAAUUCACAACAUGCUGUCAUGGCAACUCGAAUAUGAUAAAGUCUAUUGAACUAUGGCUCAUUAAGUUCAAUAGUUUCAUGGUGUUUAUAGUGAUAAUCAUCAUCAUCUUUCAGUGUUAGUGUUGACCAAGAAGUGAAUCGUUUAAUCAAAAAAUGGAUUCAAUGAGCGCAAAGUGUUGAAAGUAAUUUUUUCACCUCCAAGGCAAAGUUAACAAAAAACUUUUCAUGAUGAAGUUGAAACGAUAAAGAUGAAAAUUGAAUGAAUUUUGUUGAUGGAGUAAAACAACAGGAAAAGAUUAGGAAAGUACAAAGAUAAAUGAUAACAAAGAUGAUAAGAGGAAAAAGGAAAUUAAUCAGCGAAGUAAAAUUUCCCGUUAAACUGUAAUACGAUGAUGAUGAUUACAAAUCUUGAUGAUAUUCACCUAAGAGCAAUAAAUUAUCAUGAUGAUAAUAAUAGUAAUAACAGUCAGAUUAUAAUAAUAGUUGAGAUGAAUUGAAUCAGUGGUUUUUUCAUGAAAAUAAAGGCGAUGAAUAUUUGGUGAAAACCCUCUGAAUAUAUUACGAUCUACUAUUUCAACUCAUUCAGGUGAUAAUAGAACAGGAUUUCGUAAAUAAAAACUCAAUAUACCGCCGAGUUCACAUUAUUCUGAAUGAAAAUGGAGAUAAAAUUCUAGAGCCACCUGAAUCUCUAUUACCUUUCUUGACCCGAGUAAUAUCAAUUCCUUGGUUUCUAUUUUCUCUCUCGUUUUUCAUCAUCUUUCUGGUUCAAAACUCGUUCACUUCAUUUCCGUUUCCUUUUCAGUCUCAAACUCUAAACUUUUCAUCAUCUUUCGUUGAUUCUGUCAUUAGUAAUUUAAGUUACUCUGAGGUUCAAAUUGUCAUCACCAUAAUCAAUUGAAUAACAUGGUGUUGAUAUUUUGUUCAUUGUUCUUUUUGAAUAAAAUUGUCCAGAUAAAAGUUUUGUCAUGAUUCAUUUUCAUGUUGAAUAAACGGAUAAGAAUAACAAUUAUUAUGGUUUUUAAUGUUCAAUCUAUUUGACAAUCAAUUUUCCCAAACGAAAUCAACUUAAAAUCCUAAAGAAAACAGUGAAAUCGAAUCCGUUAUGUUGAUGUCACAUAGAACAUGUCAAAGUGAAUUAGCAAUGAUAGAAUCCAAUUUUAAGUUAAUUGUAACUGUAAGAAAAAAAAGUUAUAAUAAAUUCUAUCAAAUCGAUCAUCUUUUUUUCACAAUUUUCUGUGAUUCUUUUUCUCAUUUUUCUAUCAACAUCACCAUGAGCUGAGUUAUCACCGACUAGUUCAGUUCAUUGAAUUGUCACAUUGUUCAUGUCAAACAAUAAACUGUAAAUUUAAUUGAUUGUAAUUCCCUCUCAUGUUAGCUGAUUAGGGUUUUCAAGUAAUUUAAUAGUAAAUUAACCAUAGU